AACUCAUCACAAUCCCUGUUCCUUAAAUAGAAAUGCUGAUAAGCAACAAAUGCAUGUAUGAUGGUGGGGCCCUCCAUUCUUAUGCACUUCUUUCAUGAGCAAGAAGAGAAGCACUACCAUCACCAGUCAUCUCUAUCUCAACAAACCCAACAUCUGAAAGGGUGGAGCUGAGGUGGGCUUUCCUUCCUUUCUCCUUUUCUGCUGGUGGGCCUUAGCUUUGGCGUGACAUAGGUUGCAGAGAACUGAUCUGAUGGAAAUUGAGAGACAAGGCAGAGAUAUGGCUGCAGAGGAGAGAGGUCAAGAGGCAGUUGAAGCCAAUGCCCGAGAACAGAAGGUGGGGAUCAUCCGUAUUUGGAACACGACCCACUUGAACAAGUAUGUGCUCGCGGGUGCUGUUCUGGCUUCGAUGAACUCGAUUCUGUUGGGAUAUGAUAUUGGAGUGAUGAGUGGUGCUGUGCUGUUCAUCAAGGAUGAUCUUGGGAUCACAUCAACGCAGGAAGAGAUCUUGAUUGGGUCGUUGAAUGCCUGCUCCUUGCUUGGGUCCUUGGCUGCUGGAAAAACAUCUGAUUGGAUUGGGCGUCGGUACACCAUUGUUCUGGCAUCUGCUACCUUCCUGAUUGGCUCGUUGCUGAUGGGCCUUGCCCCAUGCUUUCCCUUCCUAAUGGUAGGACGGAUAGUGGCGGGAAUUGGCGUGGGCUACUCCCUCAUGAUUGCUCCUGUGUACACGGCCGAGAUCUCACCUGCAACCACCCGAGGCUUCCUCACCUCAUUGCCUGAAGUCUUCAUCAACAUAGGCAUCCUUCUGGGCUACAUCUUCAAUUAUGCAUUUGUGGGUCUGCCACAGAAUCUGAACUGGCGGCUAAUGCUCGGAGUCGCUGCGAUCCCAGCCAUUUUUGUUGCGAUCGGCGUUUUGGCAAUGCCGGAGUCACCGAGGUGGUUGGUCAUGCGAGGCCGAUCAGAGGAAGCCAGACAGGUCCUGCUAAAAACAUCCAGUGAUGAAGGAGAAGCUGAGCUGAGGUUCCUUGAGAUAACAGAAGCCGCGGCCGCUGCUUCUAAUACUUCUACUACUAAUGAUAAGAACAUGGAUACCUGGCAGAGAAAAGGCGUGUGGAAGGAGCUGCUACUGACACCCACGCGGCCAGUCCGGCGGGUCCUCAUUGCGGCGAUCGGUUUAAACUUCUUCAUGCAGGCAUCAGGCAAUGAUGCAGUUGUAUAUUACUGCCCUGAAGUGUUCAAGGCAGCGGGAAUCCACAAGAAGAAAGAGCUGGUGGGUGUGACCAUUGCCAUGGGCUUUGUGAAGACUUUUUUCGUGCUGCUGUCGGCCUGUUUCUUGGAUAGGUUUGGACGACGGCCUCUGUUGCUUUUGGGUUCAACAGGGGUGGCUGCAUCUAUAACUGUGCUCGGCAUUGGCUCGAAAGUUCUUGAGGCAUCAGAGAGGAAAUCAAAGUGGGCCAUUGUGCUGUCCGUGAUCUCUGUAUGUGCAUAUGUGUCUUUCUUCUCUAUUGGGCUGGGACCAAUCACAUGGGUGUACUCGUCGGAGAUAUUUCCAAUGAGGCUGCGUGCCCAGGGAUCCAGCAUCGCCAUAAGUGUGAAUCGGAUCGUUAGUGGAAUGGUUGCAAUGACGUUUCUUUCCAUUUCCAAAGCGAUAUCGUUUGGAUACACGUUUUUCAUUUUCGGAGCGAUAUCGCUUCUGGGGGCAAUUUUCUUCUAUGUGUUUUUACCUGAAACAAAAGGGAAGAGCUUGGAAGAAAUGGGAGUUCUGUUUGAGGAUAAGAGUAGGGAGAACAGUAGCAGAGAGAAAUGA